CUCUUUCUCUUCUUCAUAGGAUAAGGAAGGAGAAGAAGGGAAGAGAAAUAGGGAAAAACCAUAACAAAUAUCAGCUAUUAGAAUAAGGGAAGUGACCCACAAGGAAAGUAUAAGGAGAGGAUAAAAAAUCAAGCUCUUUUUAGGUUGCUUUCCUUUUUUUUUUUUUUUCUUUUUUUCUUUUACAUUACAUAUAUAUUGUGAAAACAAGGUUAAGGGAAGAAAGAAGAGAGAAGAGAUGGGGAAGAUUGAAGAGAGUAAUGGGGAUGUGAAAUCGAUUAACAAGUUUCCUUUAAGCAUUUGGGACGUGGCGUUGGCUUCAAUGGUAGUGAUGGGUUUCGUGGUGGGGCUGUUGCUGGUUUAUCUGACUAUGCCCGCAUCUGAUUACAGCUUCCUCAAGCUCCCUAGAAGCCUUGAGGACCUUCAAAUCCUCAGAGAUCACCUUGAGAACUACACAAGUGACUAUACUGUACAGGUCCUGGUGGGCUACUGUGUGGUCUACAUUUUCAUGCAAACUUUCAUGAUUCCGGGGACUGUUUUUAUGUCACUGCUCGCUGGAUCCCUUUUUGGUGUCAUCAAGGGUGUAGCUCUGGUUGUGUUCACUGCUACUGCCGGUGCUUCUUCUUGCUAUUUCUUGUCAAAAUUGAUUGGGCGACCUCUUGUCUUUACAUUAUGGCCUGACAAGCUGGUUUUCUUCCAAGAUCAGGUAGCUAGAAGAAGAGAGAGUUUGUUGAACUACAUGCUUUUCCUGAGACUGACCCCAACUUUGCCUAACACAUUUAUUAAUGUUGCUUCGCCAAUAGUUGAUGUGCCAUAUCAUAUAUUUUUCCUGGCUACUGUUAUUGGACUCAUUCCCGCUGCUUAUGUAACUGUCAAGGCUGGAAUUGCUCUUGGAGAGUUGCAGUCUCUGGGGGAUCUUUAUGAUUUCAAAUCCAUGGCAACGCUUUUCUUUAUCGGCGUUGUCUCCAUUACCCCAACACUAGUAAGCAAGAGCAAAUCAUAGUAUUCUGCUAGCUGGGCAUGCUUGGUGUACAUGGAUGGGCCUUUCUCUCCACAGCAAAUUGUGUUUCACUUUGUUUCUGUACAGAUUUAGCUUCAAAUAAAUCAAGUUGCAGCCGCCGUCUUCCGCUUGUAG